UUUGUUCGAAUUCAACGUCCCUUUUACUGGCUGUCUGAACAUGAAGAAUUCAAUGCGAGGUCCGCUUCUUUUUAUCCUUGGAGUGACAUUUUCCGGCUUCUUAUUUUCUUUACAUUACACAAGAAAUAAAGAUUAUAAGGACACCGUAGCAAUUCCUCGGUUAGCAAUACAAACUGAACAGCUACAAGAAACUACACGAAUUGCAUCAAGGGUCAUUUCCACGUCAUCUACUAAAACACCACACGUCGCAACUCCACCCCCAGCGGCAAAAGUGGAGCCGGUGGAUUGUAAUUGUAUAUCUAAAACAACUGGAAAAUCCUAUAAUUUCUGUUAUACGGAUCCGCAGAACUCAACCUCAAUUGGCAAAAAGUUUGACUGUGCGAGUUUGACGAUCCUAGAAAAACUUAAUCUUGUUGAAAAUCCCGGGCCAUACGUGGAUCUUGCGGAUUCGGAGAAAAAUUCGAAAAAUAUGGUAUUUGUCUCCGCAGUCUCCGAAAAUCAUUUCAACGAGGCGACACAUUCAAUUGGCUCUGUUUACAAAUUCUAUCAUAAUGCUAAAUUCAUUUUGUAUAGUCUUGGACUUAACAAAUUCUAUACCCAAACUAUCAAAAAACAGUUUUCAAAUCUCGAAGUUCGUGUUUUCAAUACAAGUGGAUAUCCAAAUUAUACAAAUCAUUGGAUGGAGUAUCGAUUUAAGCCAUUGAUUCUAGCAGAAGUUAUGAAAGAUUAUGAAAAUAUAUGGUGGAUGGAUGCACAUAUUUCAGUGAAGAAACCUGGUAUGAUUGAGAAUUUAUUCAAGGAAAUUUCAGAAAAUACAAAGAAAUCAGUUACUAAAGUUCCUAUUUCAAUUUACUAUUUUAUUCAUUCCAGUCACAGUAACUUUGCGACUUUGUUCACAGAUUUGUUAGAUUACUUCCCAUCAAAUUCGAUUCCUCUAUUAAAAGAUCCCAAUCUUGGUGGUCAGAUGGGUGCCAAUACAAUGUUUUUUUCAAGGACUGAGUAUACAAUUCAGACUUUCAAAUGGUGGAUCCUCUGCGCACUUGACAAGAAUUGUAUGAAUCCCCCAGGUGCUCAAGUGUAUUGUAGUUUUGCUAUAGAUGAUAGGAAUACUAAAUUUGCAAACUGUUUCAGAUUCGAUCAGUCUGUGAUAAAUCUACUGAUGUUGAACGACUUCCAAGACUAUAAACUGUAUCGAUCAAAAAUUGGAUCAGUCUUUUAGAAUUUUAUGAACAAAUUUCAUGUUUCUUUCGGGUUUAAAUAUUUUUUGUCUAUAAAAUUGUUUCCAUUCUCUACAGAUAAUACACAAUUUU